UCGCCCGCCCGCGCCCGGAGCCGCUCUCCGACGCCCGCCAAGAUCAAAUUUUGGCGCCGAGAGCCGCAGCCGUUAGGGGCGGUGCCUGAUGGCGGCCGCCCCGCGGCGUCAGCCCGGCCUGCCCUCCGCGCGGGAGAGGGCGGUACAGGGCCGUUCCUGGCGCCUCCUGGGAGAGGAGCAGGCGCAGCCGGAGCGGAGGCGGAGGGGACGGCGGGCGCCGCGGGGCAGGAUGGUGAUUGCCAAGGCGUGGGCUCUGAAGAAGCAUUUUGAUGGUUUUCCCAAAACCAGUGACUUCGACCUGAAAAAGAUAGAGCUGCCAAAUCUAAAGGAUGGAGAGUUGCUGCUUGAAUCAGUGUUUCUCAGUGUUGAUCCUUACAUGAGACCUUACAGUCGAAGGGACUUGAAGGAGGGUGACAUAAUGAUAGGCACGCAGGUUGCCAGGGUAGUAGAAAGCAAAAAUCCUGCUUUCACAGUGGGGGCCUUUGUCGUGGCUCGCAGGGGCUGGAGAACUCAUUUUAUCUCUGAUGGGAAAGACCUACAACUUCUUCCUUCCAAUUGGCCGGAAUCGCUCCCCAAAUCUCUAGCUCUUGGAACAGUUGGCAUGCCAGGCCUCACUGCAUAUUUUGGUCUGCUGGAGGUCUGCAAGAUGAAGCCAGGAGAGACAGUCCUGGUUAAUGCUGCAGCUGGUGCUGUGGGCUCUGUGGUGGGGCAGCUUGCUAAAAUUGGGGGCUGCAAAGUGGUUGGCUGUGCUGGCUCAGAUGACAAGGUUGCCUAUCUGAAAAAAAUAGGCUUUGAUGAAGCCUUUAAUUACAAGACUGUUAAAUCUCUGGAUGAAGCACUGCGUAAAGCCUCUCCUGAUGGCUAUGACUGUUUCUUUGACAAUGUGGGUGGAGAAUUCGCCAGUGUUGCUAUCAACCAAAUGAGGAAAUAUGGAAGGAUUGCAGUCUGUGGCGCAAUCUCUCAGUACAAUGACUCCGUGCCUCAGAAUGGGCCUUAUGUGCAGAUUCCCAUGAUUUUCAAAGAGCUUCAAAUGGAAGGGUUUCUUGUGACACGAUGGAACAACCGCCGGGAGGAAGGUCUGCAGGCCCUGCUGAAGUGGGUCAUGGAGGGGAAGGUGAAGUACCAUGAACAAGUCACUGAAGGAUUUGAGAACAUGCCAAUGGCUUUUAUAGGAAUGUUAAAAGGAGAAAAUCUUGGAAAAGCUGUUGUAAAAGUGUGAAGAUCAGAUAUUCCUGGGAGACUGGUGCAGCAGAAUGUGAUUCUGUCACAUUCUAAAUGCUUUUAAUUCACUUGUCAAAUCAUGUGAUCAGUAUGAUUCAAUCAUUUUGCUAGAAGUUUGUUGAUGGUGACUUCUGUUAAUAAUUUGACUAAUAAGUCUAAGUAUAUUCCAGUUGCUUUGCUUGUGAAGAAAUUGACACUUGCUUCCCAGAGCUGCACAAAACAAAGUGCCUUAAAAUUGUUGAAAAUCAGACCUGUAACAGAUUUGAUAAUAGCUUGAACUUUUCUAUGAGCAGGCUUGUAGAAAGGAAAAUCAAUUUGAAAAGCUUUGCUAACUGAUGGCACAUUUAAUUCUUACCCAUUGAUUUGGCCCAGAACUUUGCAAGGGGGAUUUUUUUUUAACCCAUAUGAAGGAGCGGAGAGCAAACUAAGCUAGCAACAGUUGGGGAUUCCAGCUUCACCUCUAGCUGGCUUUUUAAUAAUAUUUUUCAUUAAACAGUGUAGCUAUCUCAGUUAUUCUGAGAAUAUGGAAAGGAAAAAUAAAUAUCCUAAUGUAUA